AUGGCGCGGCCGAGCACGCGCACUCGACUGACAUUUGUUUUGGCGCGCACCUGCGCUUGCGCAAGCGGCCGUUUCCCCCCCAAGUCCAACGCGUCGACCGCCUCGGGGCCCAAUUAUGGGAGGCUGAUGUUCACUUCUAAUCUGGGAUUAGAUCCAUCGUCGGUGCCUUUGUGCGGUGCGCACGCGCAUCCUAAUCGCAGACGAUACGCAAUCAGCGGCCGCCGUAAUAGCAGCUCUCUCGCCGAUGCAUCUCGGUGGGAUGCAGCGGCGCAGGAU